GUGGUCGUGUGUAAGCGAGCGACUCGUUAGAUGAAGUCCGACGUUAAGAGAGAAUGCGGUGUUUCAGUGAUUUAGAGGUUAAAGAACUUGUGAAACAGGGACAAGUUGUUGUAAUUAGUGAUGCUAAAGUGUACGAUGUAAGUGAUUUCGUCGAGAGACACCCCGGUGGGAAACAUUACCUGUUGGAUCAUGUGGGUGAGGAUGUGACGAACCUCAUGUCGGGGGAGUCGCCCCAUCAACAUACAUCGGCCGCUACGGCCAUUCUAAAAAAAUACUGUAUCGGACACUACAAACAUCACCAGGGUAAAAAUGGCCUGAGACAUAGAGAAAUAAAUGGCAAUGUAAAAAAUGGAAACCUGAAAAAUGACGAACCUGAAAUACCGAUGGACCACUAUACGGAUUUGGAGAAGCUAGUUGACUGGGACAAGCCGAUGCUGGGCCAGGUUGGUGAUCUGGGUGAUCGUUAUUUUGAGUGGGUCCAUUACCCAGAGGACAAGCACAUCCGCCUUUUCCAUUCAGAUUUCUGCGAGUAUUUCUCUCAAUGUCCUUGGUAUGUGGUGCCAAUAUACUGGGUGCCAUGGUUAUUUAUAUUCCUCUACAAGUCCUACAGUUUUAUGGUGGAGUCCCCUUGCAUAUUCCCGGACUCUCAGUAUGGAAUAGAGAUAACACCAAAGUACAUGCCACUUAUAUUUCUGAUCGGACUGAUCAGUUGGACGUUGGACGAGUAUGUGAUUCAUCGCUGGAUGUUCCAUCUCCGUCCACCCAGCAAUUCCCGCGUUUUAGUCACGUUACAUUUCUUACUACAUGGUCAGCAUCAUAAGACCCCUCUAGACAAGAAACGCCUGGUGUUUCCUCCGGUGCCAGCUACUAUACUGGGAAUCACGCUGUACACAAUCUAUGCAACAGUUAUCCCACACGCCAUCACGCUGUCGCUAGCAGCAGGCACAGUGACAGGCUACAUCAUCUACGAUCUGACUCACUAUUUCCUCCACCACGGGCGACCGACACUGCCUUAUUUCAAAUCUCUUAAGAAAUACCAUGUUAAACACCAUUUUGAAAAUCAACAAUUAGGGUUUGGAAUAUCAUCAAAGUUAUGGGACUAUCCGUUCGGCACCUUAAUUCCAGAUUGUUAGGACAAUGUUGACUCAUGUAGGCGCCUUUGGCUUUAGAAUUACCUCCUUAUGUCUGGGCUGGCACUUGGUGACACACCUUGAGCCAUGGAGCCAUUGUUUCAUCCUGGUGAGGUUGGUGAUAAACCUGGAGCCAUUAUCUCUCCCUGGUGGGGUUGGUGAUACAUCUGAAGCCAUUAAUGCCUCACCCUGGUUGGGUUGGCAAUACAUCUGGAGCCUUGCCCCUCCCUGGGGGAGAUAGACCGUUUGGAGCCUUGCCCCACCCUGGGGGAGAUAAACCGUCUGGAUGACCAGACUAAACUUUCUGCUGAUACAGAUUGAUGUGCCACAUCACUCUCGCAUGGUGUAGCUCCUCUGACGUGCCUACCACCCUUCCACUUAGGGAAGGUGCAUAAUGUGCUUAUGUUGUGCAGAUUUUUCUUUUCCUUGCAUACAGAUGGGAAAUGUUAUAUGAAUUCAGGAGAGGUGAAAAGGCUAUCUUUUGCUAUAGAUUUAUAUUUUUGUUUCAUGAAAAUAACAUAUAUUCUGGCUAGAAAUUUUUCUACUUUCAUGUAUCUGGAAAGUUACCUGGCCCUUGAAAGUAAUGUGUGACCUUAACCUUAUGACCUUGACCUGAUAAAGUUAAUGCAUUGCCUUUGUUCUACUAGUAUAAGGCUUCCCUUGAAAGUUACCUAGCUGUUCUUUGACGUCGGAAGUUGAAAAUUCUGAAAAGUUGUCCUUAAGAAGACCCUUCUCAUUAUCAUUAUUAUAUUAAUUAUCAUGUGUUAGAAAAAAAAGAGAUAAUUGCCAAAUAUAAUGUAUAGACAAUUAUUUAUGACGAGGAAUCCUUUAGACUUUCUAGAUUUCUGAUUAUUUUUUUAUUGUGUUCAGAUGUGUGCAUGGUAACUGUAUGUCAGUAAUAUGAUUUCGUGUGAACAUUACGUCAAUUAAAUACCCAAAAUUACAUUAAGGUAUAUGCACCAUUUAAUUGCAUAAAUGCAAAUGUAAUUAUUCAUUUUUUAAUCAGUAAAUCAUAUUUUUUUCAUGUUCUUUCAGCUUUAAAACCAACUCGCAAACAAAUCAUUACUUCCUUUGAAUCCAUCUAUUCUUUUUUUUCCAGAAUUUCUUUCCAUGCUGACCAUGGUUUUAAGUGUAGUUAGGUUUACACUGUUUGGAUAAUAUAAGAUAUUGUUUCACAAAAUUCAGUUUUCUCAUUCUUCCUUGGAUAUAUGCACUGACAUCCAGCAAUAAGUUUUUUUCCAAUAGGAAACCUAAUUUGAUCGAUUUCCUAAAUGUUCCUGAAACUCUGGCCAGGUACUUAAAGGUAGUGACAUCACAGUCAAGGUCAAACUGUCUUAUCACAGGUGUUGUAAAGGUCAGCGCUAUAAACAGGCAACAACAAUAAACUUAAUUAUUGUUUGUUAAACAAUUUUUAUAGCCAUUAUUCCUGCAUUAUUGGAAUGUGAUGUAAAUGUUAAUAGUGACACCCAAGGUGUCAGGGGAGGUAAUCGGGUGUCAGUGGAGGUAAUCGGGUUCAGGGGAGGUAAUCGGGUGUCAGGGGAGGUAAUCAGGGUUCUUACUUUUUAUUAUUAAGAUCUGACUAUUGGAUGUAAUGUUGUUUAAAAACCUGUUAUGAGUAGUAUAUUUAGAGGGCUCAUACUCUAGUCACUGUUACCAAUCCGACUUACACAUACAACACAAAACAAUACUACCUACAGGUAUACAUGAACAACAAAUAAAACAAUACUACCUACAGGUAUACAUGAACAACAAAUAAAACAAU